AUGAACCGUAUGGCUACCCUCAAUGGAAAAGCUUCUUUGUAUUCUCCUGAGAAAGAAAACAUCAAGUUCAAGUAUCAGGAUGACGAUGACGAUGACGAUGACGAUGAAUAUGGAGAUUUACGUAAAUGGUCUGUUCAAUCAAUCCCCACGAAAAAGGAGCCUGAAUAUCCGAUUAUCGACUCAGGAGAUUACAUCGAUGAUGGAUACGAUUCAGCUGAAGAGCACUCUACGCCAAUUCAAAGAAAUGGGGCCCCUGAAGUAAACUUGAAAAACGUGUUCACCGGUUUGAUCGCCAUUGUUACAGGGCGGAACAAGGACUCGUUAGAUCAGAGUACCCCUUCAUCGAAUGUGUCGUUCCUCGGCUCUAGCAAGAACGGCGAUACUUACGUUCACUCGUCGGUUUACAUACCGAGCGCGCCGCCUCUUCUUGAACCUAGCGGGAUCAACUACAGUGUCUACAAGGACUUGCUUGAAGCUGAGCCUCCUCAAUGGCUGCCUGAUAGUUCAACUACUACCUGCAUGCAGUGUUCUUCUCCUUUUACCGCAAUCACAUGCGGAAGACAUCAUUGUCGGUUCUGCGGAGGGAUAUUCUGUAGGAACUGUUCAAAAGGGAGGUGCUUGAUGCCGAGUAGGUUCCGGGAAAGGAGUCCUCAGAGAGUUUGUGAUUCCUGCUACGAGAGGCUUGAUCCUUUGCAAGGUGUUCUCAUUAACUCGAUUAGUAACGCUGUGCAAGUAGCAAAGCACGAUGUUGUUGAUUGGACUUGCGCAAGAGGAUGGUUGAAUCUCCCCGUUGGUCUUUCCAUGGAAGAUGAGAUAUACAAGGCUUCUAAUACUUUGAGAGGUUACUGCCAGGUAGAAUUCGGUAUGGUUAGUCGAGCUAAAGGGUUGGCAAUCUUAACGGUCGCUAAAGCUGGGGCUUUGCUGUCAUACAAACUCGGGACCGGUCUGGUAAUAUCUCGGAGAUCAGACGGGUCAUGGUCUGCGCCAUCCGCGAUACUUUCAGUAGGUCUAGGAUGGGGUGCUCAGAUCGGAGGCGAGUUAAUGGACUUCAUAAUAGUGCUGCAUGAUUUGAAAGCGGUGAAGACGUUCUGCAGCAGAAUGCACUUCUCUCUAGGCGCGGGAUGCAGCGCAGCUGCAGGACCUCUAGGUAGAGUGAUGGAGGCUGACCUUAGAGCUGGUGACAGAGGCUCCGGCGUCUGCUAUACUUACAGUCGUAGCAAAGGGGCGUUUGUGGGAGUAUCUCUAGAAGGAAAUGUUGUGGCGACAAGAAGGGACAUGAACGUAAGGUUCUAUGGCGAUCCAUACCUUUCUACAUCGGACAUUCUACUUGGGAUGGUGGAUCAACCCAAAGCGGCUGAACCAUUGUACACUGCGCUCAGAGACCUCUACGCAGGAUUACGACCAAUUUCAUUAUAA